UUUAUUUAUGAGAUGUUGAUUAUAUUUAGCUUUUUGUAGUGAUUCUGCUUAUGUAGUAAGGAAAUGUGGCUGAUUUAAAGAACUGAAAUCUCUAUUAGAAGGAGAAGAUUACAUCCUCAAGCCUUCUUCAACUACCCAAGUUAAACCAAACCUGACCAUGAAGGUAGGAGUGAUUGAGACCCAUCAGUCCCAUACGGCUGUUCCCAGUGUGGUAGUGCAUGACACCAGUAAGGACCUUGGACUGAUGCACAAAGGGGAAAACAGGCAACAAUGUCUACCUGGAGUAUUUGCAUGCUACAAUAUCAACAACAAUAGUAAUAAAGAUGAAGAGGAGAAGAAAAGGAAAAAAGAAAAGAAGAGCAAGCCAGAAAAAAAAAAGGAUGGAGAAACACAAAAGAACAAAGAUAAAAAGGAGAAAAAUAAAAGUAAAGAUAAGUUGAAGAAGAAAGAAAAUAUAGAAGUGAAGAAGAAAGAUAUUUUCACCAUUGAUCCAGCAGGAAAUAUUUAUUACAACUGGUUGUUUUGCAUCACAAUGCCUGUGAUGUACAACUGGACCAUGAUUAUUGCUAGAGCCUGUUUUGAUGAGCUUCAGCAUGAUUACUUAGUGGCAUGGUUUAUUAUUGAUUAUGUUUCUGAUGCCAUUUAUGUUGCUGAUAUGUUUGUACGGACAAGGACAGGUUACCUGGAGCAAGGUCUUCUGGUGAAAGAAGAACAAAAGCUACGAGAGAAAUACAAGAAAUCUUUUCAAUUCAAACUAGAUUUUCUGUCAAUCAUACCAACUGAUCUCUUAUACUUUAAGUUAGGAUUGAAUUACCCAGAAUUAAGAAUAAACAGACUACUCAGAGUAGCUCGGAUGUUUGAAUUCUUCCAGAGAACAGAAACAAGAACAAAUUACCCAAAUAUCUUCAGGAUCUCCAACCUUGUCAUGUACAUUGUGAUUAUUAUUCACUGGAACGCCUGUGUGUACUACUCUAUCUCAAAAGCCAUUGGAUUUGGGGCUGAUACAUGGGUCUACCCCAACACCUCAGAUCCUGAAUUUGCCCGCCUGACAAGAAAGUAUGUCUACAGUCUCUACUGGUCAACACUGACCCUGACUACUAUCGGUGAAACGCCCCCUCCUGUAAGAGAUUCUGAGUAUUUCUUUGUGGUUGUUGACUUCUUGGUUGGAGUACUGAUCUUCGCUACCAUUGUUGGUAACGUGGGCUCAAUGAUCUCCAACAUGAAUGCUGCCAGGGCGGAGUUUCAAGCAAAGAUUGACGCUAUCAAGCAGUAUAUGCACUUUCGGAAUGUGAGUAAGGACAUGGAAAAAAGAGUUAUAAAGUGGUUUGACUACCUGUGGACAAACAAAAAGGCUGUGGAUGAAAGAGAAGUCUUGAAGUAUCUGCCAGAUAAACUAAGAGCAGAGAUUGCAAUCAACGUUCACCUGGAAACGCUAAAAAAAGUUAGGAUUUUUGCAGACUGUGAAGCUGGUCUGCUGGUUGAACUGGUUUUGAAACUCCAGCCCCAAGUAUACAGUCCUGGAGAUUAUAUUUGCAGAAAAGGAGAUAUUGGACGAGAGAUGUACAUUAUUAAAGAAGGCAAGCUGGCAGUAGUUGCUGAUGAUGGAAUUACACAAUUUGUGGUCUUAAGUGAUGGCAGCUACUUCGGAGAAAUCAGCAUUCUUAAUAUCAAGGGUAGCAAAGCUGGCAAUCGAAGAACAGCCAAUAUUAAAAGUAUUGGAUACUCAGACUUGUUUUGUCUGUCUAAAGAUGAUCUCAUGGAAGCUUUAACAGAGUAUCCAGAUGCAAAGGCUAUGCUGGAAGAAAAAGGCAAGCAAAUCCUAAUGAAAGAUGGGUUGCUGGACAUUGAAAUUGCAAAUUUAGGAAGUGAUCCUAAAGAUCUUGAAGAGAAGGUUGCCUACAUGGAACGUGCUAUGGACAGGUUACAAACCAAGUUUGCCAGGUUGUUGGCUGAGUAUGAAGGUGCACAGCAGAAAGUGAAAAAAAGACUUACACAAAUAGAGAAAAUAUUGAAGCCAGUUAUAGAGGAAGAGUUUGCAGACUUAGAAGAAGCAGAUCCAUCCACAGAUAAACCUGGAUUGUCAAAAGCAGAAUAAAAACAAUGGAAGUUGCCAAUAAGACUGAGGGUCAAAUUCUGGCUGGGACUGAAUACAUUAAUUUCUAAUCUUUGUAGUACCUGAUUAUUGAUUACAAAAAAAUAAUUUGUUGAGACAAUGUCACUAAUCUCCUACAUGCAGCACAUAUUUGGCGGUUUUGGGGCAGGAAACAGGUAGAGUAUGAUCUGCUAAUGCUUUUUGUAUUCUCUGUAAUGCUGCUCUAUGGCAGAUGCACAUACACUGUCAUAUACGGGCAAAUAUUGGAAGUUUUGCUGGUUGUUUUAAAAUAAUUUCUUUGUGUCUGCUCAUGGAAAGAAGGAAAGGUUUGGUAAGAGUUAUAUUAUUUGAAGUCAUUAACCUUUAUAUUAAAUUUGUGUAUAAAUUAGCACAUUUUACUACCUAUCAAUUAACAUGAAAUUAAUUAAGUAUGGGAUAUUAUAAAAAGAAUUAGGUAUAUCUACAGUGUAGAUGAGAAUACUGAAGGCUGUAAGAUUUGGAAAAUACUAUUACUUCAUUGGGUCCACCUUGCCUGAUUUCUUGAAAUAUAAGUGGGCAGUUUGAAAUAGACAUUUUUUCAGAAUAAUACAUGCAAAGGCUGAAAUACAGAGAGGAGAAAAGGAAACUUUUUGCAAGCAUUAAUAUGAAAGAUAUGGAUGGCUCAUAAUGUAAUGUUCUUUUAACAAUAACAAAAAAUAAUAUACAAAUAAUAUACAAAUAAAAAUAUACAUUAAAGAUUUUCUGUUUCACGUAAUCAUGUGGCUGUGGAACAUGGGCUAUCAAGUUUUGAAGAUUUGUAACUAAAAAUGUUUACGUCCCUAAUGUAACACUUGUUUAUGCCGGCAGAGUGCAAGGGGAAGACAUGACAGCAACAGGCCAAAUUCUUCCUACAGUGUCUUCUGUAGAUGCUGUUGGGGGAAGAAUAUGACUUAAGAGGCUGUUUUUUCCCACUGAUAGAGGAUUUCUUUCUUCAUAACUACUUCUGAGAUAGUAGUAUUUAUAGAUUCAUAUGUUAGAUCCAUUUUCAACUGCUUUAAGGUGCAUUAUCUCCUUGGAUUUUCCCCUAAUUUGUGUCUUUUUUUAUUGACAAAAAAAAUUGUUUUCUUAGUUAUGGUCUCAGCAGAGUAUUUGUAGCUGGGUAUUUUCAGUAGAAUUUGAUCAUAGGCAUGCAACAUUGGAUAAGUUUGAUGAAAGGGAGUGAAGAAAGGGAUUGCAAAGAGAGACUUGAUAAGCCUCUAUUUAGGGAAAUUUGAUUAUCCCAAGCAACUGGACUGCUGCGCUUAAAAAAUACAUAAGUACAGGUUACUGUAAAUAGUAUCUCUACACUUGCAUUCUCUCCUUAAUGAGAUGGAGAUAAUAUAAAUUGGGUAUUUUAUAAAGCGCAUUCCUUUGUGUUUGUUUUAUUUUUUGAUGCUUUCCAGGAUGGCAGAGAUCUAGAAAUAACUCCUGAUUUACUGCAAGGAUGAAAUUUUGUUAAGUACUUUGUGCAUAGAAUAUAUAUGGAACAACAAGGGUAAAUAUAAAUAUGAAAUGGCUGUUCAUGCCCUGUUGAUCCUGUGCUUUGAAUGAUAAAUGGCUUAGUUAGCUGAUAAGGGAAAAGGGAAUGCCUUCCUGUCAGUAAAGAUCCUGUACACAGGAACAAGGAUUAUUCUGGUAUUUAGAUGUAUUGCGAGUGUUGGACUUUGCAAUCAGCAUUCUUCCAGCUCAGUUCUUGAAUAUAAUUUGCAGUCUGUGUGCCAGCAGCAACCUAUCCCAUAUGGCUACUAGGCACUUAGGAAGCACUUCUCUCCUUUGCUGAAGUGCUUAAGACUUUUUAUUAGAUAAAUGUGUGAUAUGAAGUUUUAAUUUAAAAAAAAAAAAAAGGCAGAUAUCUACUGUUAAUUUUUUUUUUUCAGUAUUGAUCCUCCAGUCUAAGACAUUAAUUGUAUUCAA